UGUGAAGGAUUUGUUUUCGUCAGCAUGUCUUGCGUAGAACCAUAUAAAAGCUCCUGUCUCUCUGUGGAAAAACCCAGGGAGAAAGGGUUAAGCUGAAAGAAACCAGAGAGAGUCAAAAGGAUGCUUCUGAGGAGCACGUCCGCUCCCAUCCUCAGACCAUCAUCAUGCAUUCAUCGGACGUCGUCCGAACCCGAAUUUACCUUCCGGAUCCCAACAAGCAGACCCUUUUCCGUGAAUCUCUCCUCUUCCUCCGCUUUAUCUGACAUGGAGGAGAAGAAGAUGUCCAUGACGUCGUCGGCAAAUGAUGCGAGAGAGCUGCUCAAGCCAAAGAAGAGACUUUCCUGGAAAGGGUCCUCUUUGAUUCUGACACAAGAGCCGAAAGAUGGAGAGCAAGAAGAAGAAGAGGAGAGAUACGGCGCGGAUCAGGUUUGUGAUGAGGCGUUGCCGUUUCAGAGCGUGUGGAGCUGUUCUGGGUUGAGUGAGGAGCUGGUGGAUGAAAAGUGCAGUGUUCUGGUGGGCGGCGGCACGGGGAGCGGCGGAGGCGGAGGUGGGGAUGGAGGGAGAGACGGGUGUGGAGGUUGGGGACAAGGGAGUGAGAGCCUGGAUGGGUACUAUCAGAGGAUGAUCAAAGCUCAUCCUGGUGAUGCUCUUCUUCUAGGAAAUUAUGCAAGGUUCUUGAAAGAGAGGGAUGCAGAGAAAGCAGAGGAGUACUGCGAAAGAGCAAUAUUAGCCAAAAGGAGUGAUGAGCCAAAAGAUGGCGAUGGUGAUGUUUUAUCUCUCUAUGGGGAUUUGAUAUGGACUACACACAAAGAUGGCCCUCGUGCUCGAAGCUAUUUCGAUCAAGCUGUUCGAUCUGCUCCUGGUGACUGUUAUGUUCUCGCUUCAUAUGCCCGAUUCCUGUGGGAUGCUGGAGAAGAAGAGGGAGAUGAUGAUGCUGGUGGUGGUGGUCGUGAUCCUGAUCGUGAGGCAGAGGAAGAAGAAGGAUUUAACACUAGCGAAACUUGCCUAUCUAAUUGCUCAACUGAUCACCCUCGUACUAACUCUAAUCUAAAUGCUGCUUAAGAGCCAUUUUGACUCUUCUAAUUACAACCAUCCAGCAUUCCCCUCUUUCACCUCUCCCAACAUACUUGUAAAAUUCUUCCAGAUUGGAAGGUUUACGGAAAAAAAAAAUUUGUGGGAAGGUUUUCUGGAUAAAAGUUCUCCAGGAAAAUGCUUUUUCUUGGUUUAAUCGGGUUAAGAAAUGGUGGAAACAAUGAGAAAAGAAUCUCCUAAGGAUAAGCCUUCCCUUGCAUGUUCUUUCAUGGAAGCGUUUCACGACAUCUCAAAGCAACAUGUCUCCUUGGAUAGUUCAAGCCAUAGAGA